GGUCGGUUUGGGCGUGGGUGGCGGUGGCGGCGGUAGUCACUACAAAGUGACUACGCGCUGCGUACCCGAAGUGAGCGUAACCUCACCGACCGAUGGCCAUUAUCAUGAAUUACAGCCAUACUCAACGGUAUCAACAACAUCAUCAUCAUCAUCAGCAUCAACAACAAACACACCGCAGUCAGCAACAGUGGCCAUAACAACAGCAACAACAACAACAACACAUACGCAUGCCAAUCAUCAGACAAGCGAACAGCAGCCAUCAAAAUCAGCAACACAACCACCACAUCAACCACAUCAACUACAUCAACCACAUCAACAACAUCACCAUCAUCAACAACAGCAACACAAACCAAAAGAAAAUCACAAACAACAAGCGCAACAACAGAAAGCACAUAAGAAAUCGAAAGCCAAGUCGAGUAGCCACGGCAACAGCAACAGCAAUAGCCACUGCUAUAGCAACUAUAAUUACAACAGCAAUAACAACAACAAUAAUAAUAAUAGCAAGAACAGCAUUAACCAUAGCAACAGCCAUAGCCAAAAUAGUAGUAACAGUAAAACUUUUCUACAACGCAGUAAACACACUAACAACAUUUAUUCAUCAGGAGCCACACUGGUGGAGGAGGAGGACUUCAAUGAAUUGACCGCCGUACCGACAGCAACCAUUGUGAUAGCAACAAAUGUGAAUGGCAAAGUGCGCAUAAGUCCACAAGCGACCAUCAACAACAGCAGUGCUGGUCCGGGCAUUGGCAACGGCACCGGCAAAGAGUCGGUUCGCCAGCUGCCACCACCACUAAAACUGACCGCCAGCACAACAACGACGCCAACAAGACCGACAACAAUUGCCGCGCCAACGAAAAAUCUACUGCAACGCCAGAAGGCGACCCAGCAGCCACAUCAGCAGCAACAGGCGAGUCCAACCAGAAGCACAGCUGAGAAAUUGCUUGCACAAACUAGUGAGGAAAGUCAACCCACUGAAUUGACACCGCUGGUGGAGACGCACGACGAUAUCACGCACGGUCACAGUUCGACAGCACACACACCUUCCUCGAAUACAAACACCGCCAGCUCAACGCAACGCUCCAAUAGUACCGCGAUCGCCGCGUCUGUUUCGCCAACAGCUAGUGUUGGUUUAGCUACAGCAGCAACACAGUACAUUGGCGACUUGUCGCCUGCCACAUCGGCUGCCAGCAUCAUCUCCGCAGUAGGCGUUGCGAACGCGCCGAACAUUUACGGUCAGCAAACUAUCGUACCGGCUGCACCAACGGCACCACCGCCCACAGCUAUCGCUGCUGCUGCUGCCGCCACCACCACAACUUACAGUCACAACUCGAAGACUACACGCUCCUGGCCGGUAAUCUAUAGGAAUCCACACCAUUACGACUACGAGGCACUCUACGUGCAGGCGUCUGGCGGUAGCACUAAACCGGUGGUUGGCGCAAAUCAUCACUACCACCAUCAGCCGGCGAGUCACUUUCAAAUCGGCAGUAGCGCUUUCAAGCAGAACUGUUAUUCGAAUCAAUUUGCUCAAUCCAUUUUGUAUACGUCAAGCAAUGAGGACCUGAGCGCCAUCAAUGAGCACGGCGGCGAUGGUGUUGGUGGCGGUACAACCGGUGGCAGCAGUAAUUUCGGCGUUAGCAACGGUCCCAGCAAUCACAAUACGAAAAACAAUACACAAACGACGUGCUACUACUUUGCGCCAAGUCGGCAUAACAGCAUUUAUGAACAUCCGUCGGCUGUGGUGCAUAAUUCCUCGUUUCAAUUUGAUCCGACUGCGGCAACAACUGCAGCCGCUGCAGCGGCUGUUGAGAGUUUAAGACGCAGCAAUAGCAUACUGUUGCGUAAUAGCAGCUGCGCUAAGGCGCUGAAUCAAAACGGUGACGGCACUGGCGGCGGUCUGGGCACACCCACAUCACUCAAUUCGGCUAUGGAUAUGGGUAGUAGCUCGGGCGCGUCGGGUUGCUGCUCUAACUGUUGUGUUGGACCACCGCCAGUGCUAUUUCUGUUUGUGACGCUGCUGAUGACUACCAGCGCGACGGCAAUGCUCUGUGCCGCCAUUAUGACUGAUCACUGGGAGCAUGUCACUUGGGAUCGCAACAGUUUGGAUCGCUACACGAAUCGUUCGAGCAUGCAGUUGGAGUGGAUGUUGGACGAUAAAGUGGCGAUGCUGAAGCCCGACAAAAAAGCAGAAUAUCGUUUUCGUCGUGAAACCGUUUUCCUCGUACCCAUGCAUGGUGGCAUUUGGACUUUGUGCAUAGACUUGCCAAUGCAGGAAUUGCAAGAGCUGCGAAGACAUCCGAAGUUUCCACGCGGUGCACCGCCUUGCGUCAAUUAUCUAGCCGGUUCGAUGGAGAAUGCACGCGGCGAAGAACAACGCAACGAUUGGCAACAUAGAAUGCAAAACUUGUCAAUUUCCUGCUCAUUGGUCUGCCUAAUUAUACUGGGCAGCGCAGCAUUGGUGGGCGCCUUCGGUGUUUGUCAGCGUCAAAUAAGCGCCAUACUAAUCACAGGCGUCAUGUAUCUACUAGCGGCACUCUUUGCGCUCUUCACGCUUAUGAUUAUACAUUUUAAACGGCAACAAGGACGGCCCAUGUUGGAUAGCGACUAUGAUGGCACCGUUGACGGUAUUGUGGCGCGACCGGGCGGCGUAGCGAUUAUGGCUAAACCGUUAUUGGGUGCACGCAUAUUUCUGACAUCAUGGAGUUUGGAUUUGGGUUGGGGCGGUGUUGUCUUGUGCGGCAUAACGUCAGUGUUAUGGAUUUUGCUGUCGAAAAUUAUGCGUUACAAUCCAUUUUCAGCGCUAAUGAUUUAGUCGAUGGAGGUCGUCUAAGGUCGCACAAGGCCGUGCAGGUGCUGUAGGUGCGUAUCGAGUGACAAAGCGACUACAAUUGCAAGCUUCCGCAUGCAAACGGUCGAGGACUUCGUGGAAAUAUGUAUGUGUGUGUACAAAUAAAUGUACGGGUGAAAUAUUUUAGGAAAUCCAGCUAAUUACAAAGCGCUGCACUUGGUUAGUUAUGCAAUGUAAUUAAAGAGUAAAUGUAACCGUAACUUUAACUGUUGAACAAACAAAUGUCAGACACAAAAUAAACUGACUAAAACAGUGCUGCUUUGGCAAAGGAUACGAGAAAAUAAUAACUCUAAAUGAUUAUGUAAUAUUUCUACUAGUUACAUAAAAAUUUAUAAUGUUUAUAAAAAUUACAGUAAAUAGUUUAUCCUCAUUUACAAUUGUAAACAAAACCGCAAAUUUCCUGAUAUUUUUUAUAUUUACUCUAAAAAUCAGUAAUGCAAUUUAUUAAGGAAAAGCUUUAUACAAGAAUUUUGGGUCUAUGUACAUAUGUAUGUAUUUAUGUAUAUAGGGCGUGCUGGGCAUUUGAGAGCAUUUGUAAGGCUAUUUACUACUUAAAUUUUUUUCUUCAGUAAGCGAUUUUUUUUAAGUAAACGAUUUGCCCUCUAUUUGACAACACUUCUAUUCUAAAAAUGCGAGUUUAAUAGUCUAAACUCUGUACUAACCUAAAAAAUUAUAAUUAUUUUUGCUUUUCUUUGAGAAACAGUUUGAGGUUCGCAUAAUUUUAACUACGCAAAAUCAGUUAUCUGCUGAAUAAUAGAGACAAUGAGAGUAAAAGUUAACUUUUUGGUCUUCCUUGCUACAAAAGUUAUAAUAAUAUGGAUAUGUCUCACUUCACACGACUUCCGAAACCGUAGGAUCAGCAGAUAAGACUGUCUGCAGUUCUGGAGGACGAUGCUAAGAUGAAGGCUAUAAAUCCAAGCCAGUGUUGUGAAUUUUAUAAUUCAAAAAUUGUGGAAAUAAAUUCGAUUUUCAAUUU